AUGGCAGACAAGUCGCAAGUACCUCCGGUCUCUCCUGUAUAUGGAGCUGCGGCCCAAGGCGAGAUCGUCACCAUCUUCAUCGGUCCCGAGAAGAAGCGCUAUAACAUCCACAAGGACAUCAUCUGUCACCACUCCGAGUACUUUCGAACCGCAUUCAAUGGCCGCUGGAAGGAGUCGGACGAGGGUGUAACACUCGAGGACGUCGAAGUCGAAGUGUUCAACAUCUUUGUGCACUGGCUGUACGCCCAGUCACUUCCUGUCAAAAGCCGAGACUUCGCCCACAUUGCUCGUGACAAAGGUGACAAAGGUGACGAAGGAUACAACGAAGUAGAACACGAGUACGGCCUCGGGCUACUCAAAGCAUGCGUCUUCGGAAACCGAUUCCUCGCCCCGGCGUUCGAGCGCACAACCCAUAAUCAGUACAUUGACCACCUGGCAAAAUGCGAUAGUGGAGUCAGGUACGACCAGAUAAUCUUCGCCUGGGACAAUUUCAAGGAAGACAGCGAAAUCUUGACUGUCAUGGUCGACAACCAAUGCUUGCGAUGGGAAGUGGGCGCCGACGACGCAGAGGAACAAGGGCUACGUGCCGAGCUUCCUCAGGAUUUCUUGAUUCGAGUUAUGCUCAGGUUUGCUGCGUUUCGGGAUUCUAUGUAUCGUACCUACAAGCAUUGGAUUUAUCCGCUGGAAGCAGAGGCUUUCUACAUGGAGGAAAAGACUGAAGAGGCUACAGAAUGA